AUGCUGGGCACCCAAAUGCAAGCGUGGAUCGUGGAAAACCUCGUCUGUGAUUCAGGAGAGGAAACACACCUGAGGCUUGCCCAGGAGGCCAGUUUGCCGGCUCCAUAUUGCUGGGCCGGUCCCUCCAGCCUCGCCCCGCGUUACAAAAAACCUGGAUUUCCGGGCUGUUCCAAGACCCCAUUAAGUCUGCCUCCAACAACCUGCCCAGGCCCGGUCGGCACCACACGCCGAGUUAGGGUCCCAGCGACCGGCCGCCCCGAGGCGCACUUCCCCCACCCCGGAAGAGGAGGGAGGCGAACUUCGGAGGGCGGGGGCUGGGGGCUAGCUCCGGGGACCCCCGCCGCCCCGCUCGCCCCGGGGAAGGGCCCGGGCAGCAACGCGGGUGCAGCCGGAGGGCGCGGGGGAAGGCAUAGCUCCUUCCCGCUAACGCAAAGGCAGCGGUCAGGGCGCUCUCCUCUGCUGAAAGGCGCCGGAAAACUGCAGCAAGGCGACAGUGGGGACCCACAGAAGCGUGAGGUGACGGAGGGGUGGCGGAAGCCCGACUUCGCCUGCAACUCCAGGGACGAAUGCGCCCGGCGGCACGCACAACCCGCUCGGAAGAGGACUAGGGAAACGGGAGCCGCGAGGUGGCCGGGAGCACGCAGGACGCUGGCCGCGAGUAGGGCCCGCGGUUGCACGGCGGGCGGGAGAUGCCGGCGGCAGGGAGGACGGCGGCCGGCUCGCUUCCCCCGGCUCGGCUCUGCAGAAGGAGAAGCGGCUGCUGGUGACAGGAAGAGAGCGGCGGUAGCCGCGCGCGCACGCACCGCCUCCCCCUCCCGAGCACACACCCGGACCCGCUGCUGCCGCCUACCUCCCCCGCCGGCCGGCUUCCUUCCUCUGCGGGGCCCAGGCUGCAGCGGCAGCCUCUUGCGCGCACGGCUCCGAUGCGCCCCUGACCAGGCUCCGACCCGCCAGCCGUUCCCGACCCAAGCUCGCCGUCUCCCGACACGCUCCCCGCCGCCCCGGCCGCGGCCGCCGCUUCCUCCAACUCCGCUCCAGCUGCUCGCGACUCCUUUCCGUGCGCCGGCAGCUCCAGCGCCCGGCGGCCGGCCCCGCCUCCGGCCCCGCCCCUCCCGCCCCGCCCCCGAGCCCGCGCCAACCGGCGCCCGCGUCUCCGCCCCUCUCCGCUGGCCCCGCGCCCUCCGCCGCCGCCGUUCACUUUGCGGGCCCCCGAGCCCGGCGGCCAGCCGGGUGGAGCUCCGGCCCUGCGAACCUUUCCUGCUGCCGGGCUCGCCUUCCGCCCCCAGCCGCGGGGAUGCCCUGGGCUGCCGGGCCGAGCGCUCUGGCUUUGCGCCCUCCGGGCCGGCCAGGCUGCUGCCUGCCUGCGGCCGAGCCGGCUGCCGGGCGUCUUCGAGACCAGAGGCGGCGGGUCUGGGGAAGAUCGAGGACAAAUUCAGACUUAGAAGCUGCGUCUCUAAACGCAGUGUCUUGAAACAAACCCCAGCCUCUUUCGAGCCCCCAGCGCCCCAGCGGAGUGGCCGGGACGGGGAGGACUCGGAUUCCAGGCUCGCCAAAGCCGGGAGGCCCUGCAAUUCAUGGCCUCGCCAGCGCGGCCGCGGGAGUGGGCGGAAAAUCCUCGCCACCCCGCGUAGCGCCUGGGGGUGA